CCGACCUUCCUGGUGGAACUGUCCAGAGUGCUGGCAAACCCCGGCAACAGCCAAGUUGCUCGUGUGGCGGCCGGCUUGCAGAUCAAGAACUCCCUGACGUCCAAGGACCCCGACAUCAAGGCCCAGUACCAACAGAGAUGGCUCGCCAUCGACGCCAACGCCCGCAGGGAAGUCAAGAACUAUGUUUUGCAGACGUUGGGCACAGAAACGUACAGGCCCAGCUCAGCCUCCCAGUGCGUGGCCGGCAUCGCCUGCGCCGAGAUCCCCAUGAACCAAUGGCCUGAACUCAUCCCCCAGUUGGUAGCGAACGUUACAAAUCAGCACAGCACCGAGCACAUGAAAGAGUCAACGUUGGAGGCCAUUGGGUACAUCUGCCAGGAUAUC